UAUACUGGAGAGAAGGCCGAUAUCUCCAACACUGAAACUUCUACUGCAGAAUUAAACUUGUUUUCUGAGCUUUAAGCUAAAUAAAGUCACUUUACUCUGAAAAACAUCACUGUUGGUGUUAAUGUUGACAUUUCUCACCAUGUUUUGGGGUCAUCUACUGUUUUAAAUGAUAAAUGCUGAUGUAAAGUUCACCACUUGGGACUAAUCUAUGUUUAUAUAAAAACAUUUAUAUAAAAGAAAGAAUAAUGCCUUCUAAUGAGAGACCAGGGGGCGUCACAUAGAGACUCACUCGUCCUUUGACUGAACUGUGGAUCACAGAGAAUUUAAGACGAGCAUUUAAGUGAUUAAUAAGCACAAUUACGCUUCAAUAAACCGCCUGAAAGUGGAUUAAAAUGUGACGGAUCAGCCUGCACCUUCAGUUAUCUUAUUGUUUCCUGCUUGCUGCUCCUCCACUGUUUAAGUGCCUUGCUCAACUGCAUGUCGGCAGUAUUUUAUUCCUUCUGAUUAUAGGGUGUAAAGAAACAACUCCCAGAGGAUCCCGCAGCUCUGUGAGAGAGAUAAUUGGCUGAUAGGAAUAUAUUUUACAUUUUAGUUUUUUUUCUAAUCUGGGCCGGGCUCUGGCUCGCCGGACUGACUUUAGUAAAUGAGCCGCCGUUGCCUCAUUAGAGUCCGGUCUGUUUUAUCACCCGGUAAACUGUCGGGACAAACAACACAGGGAGGCUGUUAUUAUUCAUCUGCUAAAGCGAAGCACCUAGCUCCUCCAGGGUUUAAUUAAACCGCGUUGAACUGAAUUAGAAUUAAUGGAACACUUUGUAACUCUCUGGGACCGGAGCUGCACGUCAAAGUGUUCUACUUUUACAACUGCAGACGUGUAAUGUGAGCGCUGUAGGCGGCUGUGAACCUCUUACAUCCUUUUUUUAUAAUCUGGUUCAGACUUUAAACUCACCACCAGUGAAAGGAAAACUACGAUGUUAAAUUGUCUGUGUUUGUGUCUCUUCUUCUUUAGCUGAAGACGAGUUCAUGUGCAAGACUCCGGCCAUAUCGGACAUCGUCAUCCUGGUGGACGGCUCCUGGAGCAUCGGACGCAUCAACUUCAGGCUGGUCAGGACCUUCCUGGAGAACCUGGUCAGGGCCUUCUCGGUGGAGUUUGACAAGACCAGGAUCGGUCUGGCUCAGUACAGCGGAGACCCCCGGAUCGAGUGGCACCUCAACGCUCACACCACCAAAGAGGCCGUGAUCGAGGCUGUGAAGAACCUGCCGUAUAAAGGAGGAAACACGCUGACAG